GCCAUUUGAUAAACAUAAAAUGCAUUUUAUGAAGCUCACUCCAAACUGUCAAGCGUAAGUCACGUUUUCGAACGCAACAACAGUGCUAUAUCCGAGUACGUUUAUAAAUUGGGUAGUACAUGUGUUGUUUAAUAAGCGCAUUCUUCAUGGAAACAUUCUCCGAAAUGUUUCGACCGUUGCGCUGUGCAGCGCGCGAUCCUGAUGACGUGGUACACAACAUAGCAGUGACGUUCUCACUGUUGUUGGCGCGGGUAAACACUGGUGAAGUUCUAAGCAGCUUUGCAUAAACCGAUCAUUUAAUCUGUGCAUUACAUCCAAGCCUUUGUCACUAUGCACUCGGAAAGCGCGUGAAACAUCGUCAAUUUAAGACACGGAACGCGCCGCUCGAUUGAUGCAAAAACGAGGGCGAUUCGCGCGACUUUGCUGGAGUGCUCGGGUGCUUAUACAAUAUCAUGCUAGUGAAUGCAACGAGGGGUUUCCUGUGGUCGGACAUGGAGACCAGGGCGCUGUUGAAUAUCUGGGGUGAACAUGAUGUGCAGACGGCGCUGGACGGAAACUUUAGGAACAGCCACGUUUAUCGAGACGUUUCAAACCGUCUGUGCGAAUUGGGCUUCGACCGGACACCAGACCAGUGCAGGAUACGGGUUAAGAGCUUAAAGAGGCAGUAUUUUCAGGCGAAGGAGGGAUCCAAGAAAAAUGGGCAGUACCACAAGAUGUGCAAGUUCUACGACGAGAUGGAGAGGAUAUUGAGCAGUAGACCUUUAGUUGAGAGGCAGGACAUUGAUAGUGUUGCUGUGGGAGGAGAUGAAACAAUGGACGAAGAUGCUGAGAGCACUGAACUGUUGCAGAUGGAUGGCAGUGGUGAAUGCUCCUUUAUGGAGCACCCAGUGAAAACUGAGUAUCCAUCCUGCCCCAUUCCGGUGACAGUGGGUGGCAUGAGUUCAUUCACAGCCAAACACAGCAACCUGCCCAAGGCCACCACGCCCCCAUCCUCAGCGAGCAGGCCAAAGCGAUGUAAGAAACGGUUUGCCAACAUGUCGCUGGAGAAACUGAUGGAGAAGUUUUUGGAGCAGAGCAUGGAGGCAGAAGAGAACUUUUACCGGCUUGAGGAGCAGCGUCUUCAUGCUGAGGAUAAACGCAGGGAAGACGAACAUUCGAGAGAGUUGCAAAUGCUACAGAUGUUGGGCCAGGUUUUCGCUGGCCUCGGCACACCCUCUCCUGUGCCACCGCCCACUCCACAAGCCUCUUGUAUCCCCCAAACUAUUCCCACUGUACCCCUUGCGCGUCCCUCUUUUGGGAAUCGUAACCAUCCGUCUGCCUUGACUGAGUUUGCCAGCCACAGCCAGCCAGAUUGCCCAGGUCUGCUCAUGGAAGAGGGUGAUGCACAAUUCAUAGAGCGCUCUUUCUCCCUGGGCAAUGCUACUAUGGACAAUGUUGUUUCUCUUGUAACAAACAUGAUUCCUCCACUUACCUCCAAAAAACACAAGGGUCAGGACGGGCGUAUUGGAAUCAUUGGAGGAUGUCAAGAGUACACAGGAGCUCCUUACUUUGCAGCUAUCUCUGCUUUGAAAGUGGGAGCUGAUCUGUCACAUGUGUUCUGCACCAAAGAAGCGGCCCCAGUGAUCAAGUCCUACAGUCCUGAGCUCAUCGUCCAUCCAGUGCUAGACAGUCCGAAUGCGGUGGAGGAGAUAGAGAAAUGGUUGCCCAGGCUUCACAGUCUGGUUGUGGGGCCUGGUCUGGGGAGGGAGGAUAUGCUGCUUAAGAAUGCAAAGGAGAUUAUAGAGAGGUCAAAACUCAGAAGCAUCCCAAUCAUCAUUGAUGCUGAUGGACUUUGGUUAGUGGCAAAAGAUCCAUCAGUCAUUCAGGGAUAUCAGCGUGGCAUCCUAACACCCAACUUUAUGGAGUUUACUCGUCUGUAUGAGGCCAUGUACCAUGAGCCUCUGGACAGCACUGACCACAAGAGAAGUGCUCAGCAACUGAGCAUCGCCAUGGGCAACCUUACCAUGGUUUUGAAGGGGGAGGAGGACAUCAUUACUGAUGGAAAGAAAGUGCUAACCUGUAAUCAAGAGGGCAGCGGGCGGCGUUGCGGAGGGCAGGGUGAUCUGCUCUCUGGCUCUUUAGGAGUCUUUGCCCAUUGGGCAUUCAGCUCAUCCAUUGAUGCAACUAAAGGAAUGAAUCCUUCACUGGUAGCUGCAUUCGGUGCUACUUCUCUGACGAGGCAAUGUAAUCGUCAGGCCUUUCACAAACACGGCAGAUCUACCACCACCUCUGACAUGAUCCAGGAGAUAAGCAGUGCUUUCAAGAAGUUGUUUGAAAGCUAAACUACACGUGUCCACACUACUAUCCAAGUCAUAAAAGUUUGAAAUAAAGAAUAAAGGUUUUCAUCUCUAAAUAAAGUCAUUGUUGAUCUUGAGUUCAACUUUUCAAUUUUUAUUUUAAAGUGCCUCUUGUAGUUACAAUACAGUAUCUACUACUUGUACAGUUUCAUGUCUGUGUGGUGGCAAAGACCUCUAUAAACGUCAUACACUGUUUUUUUUUUUUCUCCCAUAUAUGUCGGUAGAUGUGUGUUUUGUUUUUGAGUGUCUAGAUUUAUUGAUAACCCACCAAGAGAGAGUUAUAACACUGUCCCUCUAUGAUUGAAUUACUCUGUUAUCACUAACAGCUGUGAUUUAUUUAUUGGUCUUUGUGAACAUGUUCACUUUCAAGUAUUCAAAGAAUUGCUCUACCUUUAAAGUUGAUGUUACCCUUACAUUAAACUGUUUAACAUCUUAUUUUCUGUUAAUAACUCACAAUCCUUGUUUAAUAUGUGGGACAAAUGACAGAUUAUUGGAAGUGGCUGUCACUUAUAGAUAUAGUUUGUUAUUCUGCGUAUUAAACUAACAUGAACAUUUACUUUAUAA